UCUAGGGGUCAGACACGUUCUGUUGUGUUUUCCUCGCCGCUAGGCCCCGUCCCACCACAGUUGGCACCGCAGCAGCUGCCUCACAUGUGCUGCACAUGUUGGUUCGUCAGACCAAGUAACGGUUUCCCCUUGUUGUUUGCUCCGACUAAACAUCACUGAACGGUCGCGAUUUCUCGCCACAAACUGAGGAAGUUUAUUUCCCCCACAGAGAGACGAGAUGGGACGUUAGCUAGCUGUCGACCUUUUGGGGAUAUCUGAAUCGUGCGCGAUAUCAGGCCUAGGGAAAUCCGAGCAUCUAUGGACUGAAGAUAAUUUGGAGCUAGCUACGCACGGUGUGGAAAUAACCCGGUGUCUAGAAAGAGGAGUACUUUGGUUUUUUGUCCUGUUUUGUCGUCUGUUAAGGCAAAAAAUACUAGUAAAUCCUUUGCAUAGGCAUAGCGACAGAGAUAGACCGCAACGCAGUCCGUAUGUGAGACGGUCCCAAAUUUGAGACAAGUUCACCACAGACGACCUAUUCAUACUGGAGACUCCCCGCUAUCACAGCAAGUACUUUUCGCGGAUUUUGCUGGGAUUCGAGACGGGAUUUACUUCGGCUGUUCAGGAAGAAAAGGAUUUGGGCCGUAUUUUUAGCAGAGACGUUGGAGUCGGGUGGAUAUAAUGCAGCGAAACGUGAGAAAUUCUACCAGAGACUCCGGCGGUGCCGCUUCGGCCUGGUUACCGAGACGGGACGCCGAGGUUUGGCGGAGGACGAUGAAGGACGGAGACUUUCCUAAAUCAGGUUGCCCGCUGGGGUUCCACGGGAAGAGCUGUGCGCCGGUGUGCAGAUGUCAGAACAACGCGGGCUGUAACCUGGUGACGGGCGAGUGUUACUGCAGGAGCGGCUUCACCGGAGAGUUCUGCGAAGAAACCUGUCCAGAGGGGUUUUACGGCGUGAACUGCAGAUACAGAUGUCACCAUUGUCACAGCGGUACGUCAUGUGACAGACGCACGGGUGCUUGCUACGCUAACCCGUCUUUCGCGACCUCCGAUUCGAACAAAGACCUGGCGCUUGGCGCGCAGCUGACGGCCAAUGGCGCAUUGAUCGGCGGUUUCCUGCUGGUGUUCGUCCUCAUGAUAGUGCUGGUCGCUGUUAUUGUGUUCUUCCGCCGUAAGCUGAAGGAGGAGAGACAGAGGCGGAUGGAGAGCAUCUCUUCUGUGUUCUACCAGCGAACAACAAGAAAAAAGGGCAACGAAUACGUCACAAUAGAUAAUGCAACAAUACAAGACAACAGUCACUUGCUCAACGGAAACCCACCACCAAUGAGUGCCUCCGCACGGAAGUCUUUGACUGUAUCCUUCCGCGACGCGACCGCAGACAGGAAUGUAAACGUGCUGGAGACCAUCGCCGAGGUGGAUGAUGGGGGAGGGGCGGCUUGCGGGGCGAUAGUGUCGUCUGAUUCCUGUUUCGCAGAGAAAGGCUCGUUUCGAAAUGGCGCCAUUUCGUGUGUGUGAAAAAAAAAACUAAGGACAAUCCGACUGCAAUCUCGGGAUACGUCGUCAUUCUAUCAUAUUAUUCACGCUUAUACCGCUGUUCUAUGUAGAAUGAUCGGAAAGUGUUGAAAUGUUGAAAUACGACUUAAUGAAGAAAGCGGAAAGGUACAUUUUGUAGAGAACUAUAUUACAGUACAGUUAUACAGAGUUGCGUCUAAUUUUAAGGCCGUGCCUAGCAGUGACAUCUAGAGUGUGGAGUAUAUAUAGGGGCAGCUGUACAGGUUGCAAGCUGUUAUAGUCUGCCAAAAUAAUAAUUUUCCACAUUUUCCUAGUGUAGUUGAUGCUAUCAAAAGGCUCUGUCAAUUGAGAACGUAUUUAACAUUAACUGUCAACAUAUCGUAAAAGAUGAGUCUUUGAAAUAGUGUGUUCAUUGUCAUUAUUUUGAUGACCGUUUGAUGUUAUGACAACAACCUUAUUUAAUGUACAUAUGUUUAGAUAUAACAAACUUGUUCAUAGAAUGUUCGUAUCAUGAUAGUUUCUCUGGGAAAAGAAAACACUAAAGAUCGUGGCUCUUGUACAGGAAGACAUUGAAACUAACUUUAUGACUUUCUCGUUUCGUUUUAAUUUUAUAUUUUAGUCAUGUCGGUGUCGUUCUGUAAGGAUCUGUAUACUGUAGAUUAUUACUACAUAAUUGUAACAAUGUGACAACUGACAAAAAUAUAUCUAUCUAUAUAA